UCAUUCAAACUGGGCCACGCAACAGCUGUGUCAUGGUACCAUGUGUCAUAUUAGCCCUUGAGUCGAGUUUAUUUCAGCUACCUCUCCUCGUUCCCUUUCCUGCUCCACAUUUCUCAAUGGGUUUAUUAACUGGAGUAUUUUCUUUCUUUGUUGACUUACCGCGGAUUUACAAAUGGCUUCUAAAGCCAUAUUAUAUAACCUCAUUUUUCAUUUCAGUUGCUUUUCUUGUGACACGCAAAUGUCCGGGCCUUUGUGAAAACCUGCCGUCACAACGAGAAGAUGGCAACUCCUGCGAUUUUGACUGGAGAGAGGUGGAGAUCUUGAUGUUUCUCAGUGCUAUCGUCAUGAUGAAGAAUCGCAGAGCAUUUACCGUGGAACAUCAUAUUGGUAAUGUCUUACUCUUCAGCAAAGUGGCCAGCGUCAUUCUAUUCUUCAGGGUGGACCUUCGACUGGGCCUGCUCUAUCUGGCUAUCUGUGCCGUUUUUGUGAUGACCUGCACUCCUCCAAUAUAUAUGGGGCCAGAGUAUAUCACAUACUUCAAUGACAAAACCCUUGAUGAUGAGCUGCAGCAAGACAGUCGGAUUACAUGGAUUGUUGAGUUCUACGCCAACUGGUCACCGGAGUGUCAAGCUUUUGCCCCUGUUUUUGCAGAACUCUCACUCAAAUAUCACGCUACAUUUCUGCGAUUCGGAAAGGUAGACAUUGGUCGUUUUGGAGAGGUGGCCGAGAAAUAUCAUGUGCAGCCCUCCCCACUUUCCAAAAAGCUGCCCUCCCUGAUCGCCUUCCAAGGUGGCAGUGAGUUCAUGCGACGCCCCCAUGUGGACAAGAAAGGAAGAGCCGUGUCCUGGACUUUCACCGAGGACAACAUCAUCCAGGAGUUUAAUCUGAAUGAACUCUACCAGAAGUCAAAGAAGCUCAGCAAGGGGCGAGAUGAGAGCGCUCAGGAACCGGAGCAACCCUCAAAGGCAGAAGAGGACCCUGUUGAGCCAGAGCCAAUGAGCGAACAGUUAGAGAACUCAGAAUCGAAGAAGGACCAGUAGGGGAAUGAACACAACAAAGAUCUCAAGAAAUGCCAGCUCUGCUGAAUGAUACUUAACAAAGACUAAUAAAGACGGUGUAAAUGCAUUAUUGUCAUGUAAUAGAUGGACCCUGGAUGAUCAAACACCUAUCUGCCUUGUAUAUCUCGUCAGUAUCAAUCAAUGAAUAUCUCUCUCGUAAGGACCAUGUUCUUGUCUCCCUCCUGGGUAUGAAUCCACAGGUCUGGUUCUCUUGCGUUCACUAUUUGGGUUCGUUUUCACACAGCAGACGACUUGUCAUGUGAUGACGGCAGUGCUAGAGGGCAUCUAGUGAUUCAUACUUCAAAGACAAUGUAUAUUUCUGUCCGAAAAAGUCUAGACAAAGUUUAAUGUUAUCUGAUUACUUGAACUCAUUCACAUUUUAAAACCCAAACUGCUCACUGGUACACAUAUCAUGUUUGAGGAGACGGUGACCUUUGAGUGACCCCUGAUGUUCUGAUCUGUCUCAAAUCCACUGCUUGUAAAAACAGCUUAAGUCUUAAUACAGCAACCAAAAACAUCUUCUAUUUACAUGCUCUACAAGUACAAAGCCAGAGAGACAGUUUAUCCCAAGAUGUUCAAUAAAUAAAUUAAUUGAAGUUAU